CGCUGGUCUAAUCUAAUGGGGGGCUAUGGAGCGGUGGCUCCGCCCCUCAGGGAGGGUUUUGGCAGCGAGCGGGGGAGGUGGCGGCAGCGGUCGCGGCACAGCCCGUUUGCGAUUGUCCCUGCUCGCGGCGGCUCGUGCUCGGCGAGAUGGAACGUGCAGCGGCAGGCGCGGAGUUCAACAUCCUGCUCGCCACGGACUCCUACAAGGCAAACAUCUUCCAUUCCACUGCUGCUACCAGAUUUGCAAAGACACAGCAGAACGAAAACUGACCAGUCCUGUCACUUUUCAUUGCUGCUAUUCAAAACCCAGGUUACACAUUAUAAGCAAUAUCCACCUAAUACAAGCAAAGUUUAUUCCUACUUUGAAUGUCGUGAAAAGAAGACUGAGAACUCCAGAUUAAAGAAGGUGAAAUAUGAGGAAACAGUUUUUUACGGGUUGCAGUACAUUCUAAAUAAGUACUUAAAAGGCAAAGUGAUAACCAAAGAGAAAAUCCAGGAAGCCAAAGAGGUGUACAGGGAGCAUUUUCAAGAUGAUGUCUUCAAUGAAAAGGGAUGGAACUAUAUUCUUGAGAAGUAUGAAGGGCAUCUUCCAAUAGAAGUAAAGGCUGUUCCUGAAGGCUCAGUCAUUCCCAGAGGAAAUGUACUCUUCACAGUAGAAAACAUGGAUCCAGAGUGCUAUUGGCUCACUAACUGGGUUGAGACUAUUCUUGUUCAGUCAUGGUAUCCAAUCACAGUGGCCACAAAUUCCAGGGAGCAGAAGAAAAUUUUGGCAAAGUAUUUGCUAGAAACAUCUGGUAGCUUAGAAGGACUGGAGUAUAAACUGCAUGACUUUGGCUACAGAGGAGUUUCUUCACAAGAGACAGCAGGAAUAGGAGCAUCUGCUCACCUGGUAAACUUUAAAGGAACUGACACAGUAGCAGGAAUUGCUUUAAUUAAAAAGUACUAUGGAACGAAAGACCCUGUUCCAGGAUAUUCUAUUCCAGCUGCUGAACACAGUACCAUAACCGCUUGGGGAAAAGACCAUGAGAAAGAUGCUUUUGAACACAUAGUGACGCAGUUUUCUUCAGUGCCUGUAUCUGUGGUCAGUGACAGCUAUGACAUCUACAAUGCUUGUGAGAAAAUAUGGGGUGAGGACUUGAGGCAUUUAAUUGUAUCCAGAAGUCCAAAGGCACCGCUGCUUAUUAGACCAGAUUCUGGAAAUCCUCUUGACACUGUGUUAAAGGUUUUGGAGAUUUUAGGAAAGAAGUUUCCUGUUGUAGAAAAUGCAAAAGGCUACAAGGUGUUGCCCCCUUAUAUCAGAGUUAUUCAGGGGGAUGGCGUGGAUGUCAACACGCUGCAAGAGGAGAUACUGGUAGCACAGAUUGUGGAGGGAAUGAAGAAGAAUAAAUGGAGUAUUGAAAAUGUUUCCUUCGGAUCUGGUGGAGCUUUGCUGCAGAAAUUAACUAGGGAUCUAUUGAAUUGUUCCUUCAAAUGCAGUUAUGUGGUGACCAAUGGCCUUGGGGUGAAUGUCUUUAAGGAUCCAGUAGCAGAUCCUAACAAAAGGUCAAAGAAAGGUCGACUCUCUUUACAUAGGACACCCAAUGGAGAUUUUGUUACAUUAGAAGAAGGCAAGGGGGAUCUUGAAGAAUAUGGUCAUGAUCUCCUUCAUACGGUCUUCAAGAACGGAAAGGUAAUGAAGUCUUACUCGUUUGACGAAGUAAGGAAAAAUGCCAGACUGAAGGACAGUGAACUAGAAGUGGCACCUCAUUAAGUUUAAUUCCAUGUCUCUCUGUGUAAUGAGUAUGUACUGCAUAGCUAACGAGUUUGUUGUACAGAUCUGUGUGUUUGUGUUUUAUGAUACAUUAUAGCCAAAUUAUUUGUUGGUUUAUGGACAUACUGCCUUUUUUCUUUCCUUUUUUGCACCAGUCUUUAGAAAAGAUGAAAUUAGGUAAUGGUCCUUACAAUGUAAAAUCUAUUUCAUGCUAAAGUGUGCUUUUUAGGACCCUUUGCCAGUAGUGAUUCAAUCUGGUAUUGAUCUUUUCACAAAUGAGACAGAGCAGAGAAACAUUUUUAUAUGGAACAGAAUAUUACAAAAUGGAUUUACAUAAAAUUAUCACGCUUACUUUGUUUAUAUUUAACUUGUAUUUUUGUACAAACAAGAUUGUGUAAAAUAUAUUUAAAAUUUCAAUAAUUAAGUCUUUCCAACUUUUCAUGAUUUUUAUGACCACAGACUUCCAAGAAAAUGUUUUGGAGGAAAAAUCAUUGCCUUUUGUCCAUUAAUCAGCAAAUAAACAUGGCCUUAAAGUUUCUUGUGACAUUGUACCAUUUGAAGGUUAAAUCAGGACUUGUACCUACUUAAGACCCAUAGAAUUGCUGACCUCACUGUUCCUUAUAGUUAUCUGUAGUAGUCAUUCUACAUUAAAGAAAAUUACUGUUCUUGCUGGAAUCUUUAGGUACUAUAAGCAUAUAGGCCUCGCUAGCAGCGUAUGGUAUGUAAAUGGAAUGCCAAAUUUGAAAGAAUUCUCUACUGCAACUUGUUUCUUGUCAAGUAUAGUCCACUUGGCAUAUGCACCUCAAUAUUUUAAGAGUAAAGUUUUUAAGAGAUAUCCUCUUCCACUACAGAAUAUACGUGUAAAAUACUGAUAAAUAUGGAAGCGGUGUAUUUUAAAGUGAUUAUACUUCUGGGUUUAUUUUUCAUAUAUUGUAAGCGACAUGACUUUAAAGUGAAAUACUGGACUGGGUAGUGCACUUUUUUACUUUUUGUAUUUUUUUCAUUGAUUUGCCUUUUAUCAGACUGGAUGUUAAAUUGUAUAAAUAUGUUUAACUAUUUUUUGUUAAACAACUUUAAUAAAAUAUUACACUAGACAAACUCCUUUUACGUGACUCUCCCCAGGGGGGACAUGAUACAGAGGGAUAAUUAUGAAAACAAAAGAUAUGAAAGGUACUUUUUAGUCAGCUGUGCUUGAUUUUAUUCACUCUCUGCAUAUGCUUGCUUGAACACCUGCAAGAGGACAAAACUGUCAAUGAUUUUGUUUGACAAACCAUAGCAAGUUUUCAGAUGUUUGUACUGUAGGGUGGCUCUUACGAAAAAAUGAAUCCUUCCUUUUUUUAGAAAAGCAAUGGUUUCUGUAACGACUGAUCAUUGUACAGGUGUUGCAUUUGGUUCUGGCUCUAAUGUAUUAGUAAUUGAUGUUAUAGGGCAAAUGGUUUAGAAGAGAUCAAACAAUUUAGACCAACCACAGAUAAUACAAAACAUACUUUUAUUUGAAGGAAGCUUAAAAAGCCAUACUUUAUUAUUCUUACUGUCACACCAAAAAGGGCCACAUCAAAGAACUUGUAAUGUUUCCAGGAUGUUUCCGGGAUAUGAAGUUAAAACACUUAAGCCCAGUCGCAAUAGUUUGUUUUAUUUGUUUAAAAAAUGUUUUCACUCUUACUGUAUGUGAUUAUACACUUCAGUGAUGUAUCGUUUCAAAAAGUAGAGUUUUAAAGUAAGAUGAUAAACACUGACCUUUCACACCCUGGAUCUGCAUUCUAUUGCUGUUACCCAUAUUGUUCAUAUUUGGUCAGGAAAGAUUUUAACUCCAGAGAUAGGAUUAGUAACAGUUAAAUAGAAUAGAGACUUUCACUCCUCCAUAUGAUCUGUAUUAGAAAAUUUUAUGAUGUAUGGUAUUAAAAAAAAAAAAAAAAAGUUCAUUCUGUACCAAUAAAGAUUUUGAUAACUAUUGACUACCCAUAACUGAUAUUUUUGUAAUUAAAAGCUGGGGAUAUGCUGUAGAAGCACUGUUUUCUUUUUGUCUGUCAUGAAGUACACAAGUGACUGUUUGAUAUUAUAUCUAGAUUUCAGUUUAUUUGGGACUUUUUCUAUGAAUUCCCUAAGCUGUGCAUGUCACUUUCAGAAAGUCAUGUCAUUCAUUUCAAAAUAAUGUUAGUACUUUAAUCACCUGGUGCUAGUCAAUCCUCAACUCUUGCCACCAAGUGUUUGGCAGUUGACAUCCCAGACACCAAAGGGUUGAUAGUGAUGUCAGAUAUAGCCUAUUACUGUGCUUGAACCUUACAAUAUCGUAAUUCUUCCAUACUGAAGCAAACAGCAUGUUUGGGUUUGCUUUAAAUAAUUAGAUUUGUAGCCACUGAGAUUUUAAUUAUCCCCAUUUAAUUAUAGUACAGUGUUUGUAUUUAAAAAUAGGAGUUGGGCGUUUUGUGUUAAUACUCUCAAUAAUUUAUUUGUAACCAGUAUUUAGCAUAAGAAGGAUUCUAUGACUAUUUUUUCCUGAGAUGCAUGGCUAUGAAACUGAUGCUAAAUCUUUUUGUAACAAGAUCCAUCUUAGAAGAUCUGAGGAGAAAAUAGAAAAGUAUUUAUUGUUUUAUUUGCCAAAAUUCAAAACGUAAAGUUUAAACAGUUUUUCUAGUUUUACAUUCCUCAACUUGUUUAGUGGAGAGGAAAUAUUCUUCACUUAAAUCCUAUGUUAAAUGUACUCAACAUUAAAUAUAAAUAUGUAAUAAAAUGGAAAUAAAGUUUUAGUUCUGGUAGUGAAACACUAA